UAUUUGUCGAAACUGUGAAAAUGUAAACAAAAUUUGAUAAAAUCUAUUAUCAUUUAAAAAUAAUAUGUUAAAGUGAGUGAUUAGAUUCAACAAUUUAUAUUAAAUAAACAACUAUAUUUAUACAAAAAAAUAAAUACCCAUAAUAUUUCUUCUUUGUUGGCUAUGACAGGACAUAUAAUUUUCAUAAAUCAUGUUAAAGUACAUGUCUUUCGAUGUAUACGUAUGUGAUCAAAUAUUUAAUGAGUUCAUUUCUUUAAAUAGAUUUUAUUUAAAUAAAAUGAUACUAAAAACAUUAAGGCAUAAUUAGUUUUUAUUUAUUUGUUAAAACAAGUUGACUUCGAUGAAGGUAAAAUAUUUGGUAUUGAGGUGUAUAAAAUGUCCAGAAACCAAAAAGAAACGGAAUAAUACAAUAUGACACCAUUAGUUGUUGUCUGUUUUAUUUUCAUAAUAAUCUAUAGUAGUUUUACAUGGAUCCUUCCGCGAGGAUUAGCUUGGCUAGUAAAACGGAAAUACAAAAUUCACCUUCGGGUAGGGCAUAUUAUUUUUCCUUAUUUAGUACUCCGAGAUGUAACCAUUACUAAAAAUGGCUUCACCGUGCAAAUUGAAGAAAUUACUAUACGGAGUAGCUUACUGAGUAGCGAUGUCGCAAAACUUUUUGCUGUUGUGAUGCAUGAUGUCAGAAUAAAUAAAGAUGUUCCUGUGGCGCCGAGUGUUAAAAAUGAAAAUAGUGAUUUAACAUUAGAUUUCAGAAAUAAAACAGUUCCACCUAUUAUCAUCAAAUUUGUCCAAUUUAUGGCUGUUCAUGUAGAAAACGUGAAUCUAUUGGCUCUAGGAAAUGGAUGGUUAGUUAAUGGCAGCGCCGAAAGCUUAAGUUUAGAUGGAAGUGUUGUCCAUGGUGCUAGAACACUUUUAGCUUCUGCAACAAUUACAGGAGGAUCAGUUAAACUUUUACAUCAUGCAUCAGACGCUUGUUUGUCACAAAUAAGUUUUGCUGGAAGUGUCGAAGCAACAUUGAAAGCUCAAGGAGAACUUACAGUAGAGAAAUUAUAUAUUGGUGUGAUGCAAACUGAGAGUUCUGGUGGUGCAGGACUUAUGCAGUUUUUACGGGACAGACAAUCUUUGUCACCACAACCACUACCUCAUUAUAUACCAACGAACGAAUAUUAUCAAAACUUAUUAGCGAGAUUCGCACCAAUUUUGCCAAAAAAUCUAACUUUAAAAGUGGGUAGCUCGUCUGUAAUCAUUGGUCGAGAUGAUGGAUCAUUUCAUGAACUCGAGGGUAUUAUGAAACAUUUUCAAUUGAAUGCUAAAUUUCAACCUAAUGGACCUCAAAUUCACUUGGCUCUUAAUUUAGAAGGAUUUUCAAUUAAAGCAAAAAUGCCAAUUCUCUCAUUACGUUCUUUAUCAAUUGAAUGUAAAUUGAGAGAAGAUUUGUUAAGAGUAGAAACAUUAUUACAUAAUCUCUAUAUUACUUAUGAUUACCAAGAUUGGGAAUCAAUACUCGCAAAUCAAAAUCAAGUAAUUUCAAAUUCAAAAGUUAGUGUUUCAGCUAAAAAUAAAUUUCCGUGGCUUCAAAUACAAACAACAGCUGAACUUCAUGAAGGUUUAUUAGUUGUACGUUUGCCAGUUGUUCCGGAAGCUUCAUGUAGUGUCUCACAUGUUAACGUAUCUAUCAACAGAUAUGCAACUAACGAUGAAGAUUGGAAGAUAAAAUUAAUGAUGGAGUCAUUGAAGUGUGCAUUAAAUGGAAACACUACGCAUACACUAGAUACUUGUCAUCAUUGGGGAAGUCCCCUAUCAGUUGGUGUGCUAGUUGCUACAAUACAUCCGAAUGCAAUUGGAAUCGCCCUAGAUGCUUUAAGAACCGAGUGGAGUCUUGAAUUUGCUAGAUUUCUAAAAGAAGGUAUUACAUAUUGGCAAGAAUAUCAUGGACUACUGAUAGGAUCUAAACAAAUAGAAGAGAGCACUAGAAAAAAUAUACAUCAAUUAAAUUUAAAAAUUUCAAAUUGUAAUUUUUUCUUUAUCGCAGAAAAUGAACUUUCAGUUAUGGUGCGAUUAGAUUCUGCAAAUAUUGAACAAAGUAAUAAAAGAUUCGUUGGAGUUGCUGAAGGUUUAUGUGCAAUAACAUUAAAUAAAAAUGAACCUAUAGUCUAUGAGCAUUCUCAAGUGUUAAAGCACCCAUUUUUAUCUAUCAGAAAAUUCAAAGGAGCAUUAACAUCUAAUUCAGUAAGUGUAAGUUUUGAUAAUACAAGUAUUACAUGGAGUCCUAAUCUUCAUCUGCGGCUUCUUCAAUUGUGGAUUGAAUCAUCACAAUUUCGUAAGAUUUUAAAUUCAUCAGAUUCAAUUAAACAAUUUAAACCAAAACGUUCACUUGAUUUAUUAAUUACUGGAGGUAUAACAUUAGCAAUAGAUAUUUCACAAACUCAUUUUGUUGAAUUAUCAUCUGAUCAAUUUCGGUGCACACAAAAUAAAUGGCAAUUAAACUAUCUUCGAGGAUCAUUAAAUAUGGUUGAUAUUAUAACAAUUGAGGGUGUUGAACUUGUCAAACUCGAAGAUAGUGAAGAAGUAAGACUUGAACGACAAAAUAAUGAAGGAUUUGAAUUAGAUUGGAAUGAAACUUGGUCUUUGACGAUCGAAUCUGCUAAAGCACGUUUUCCGUAUGAACACUGUUUUACUGAAGCUAUUCAAAAUGAGCUCAUGAGUAUUAGAAAAUGGCUAAAAGAAAUUCACUCAUCUGAUUUAUCAAAAAAAAAAUCUUUGCCUUGUGAUCUUGUUAUAAAAAUUAAAGAAUGGGUUUUUGAAGUAAGUGAUGAUCCAUUUGAAGUUCGUUUAAGAGAUAAUUAUGAGCUUCUAGAAGAUGAAUAUAAUGAAAGUUUAAAACGUCAAGCAAUGCUUGAUGCUAAAGUUCAAGAGUUAUGUCGUGCGCAUUUACUGCUACCUCAGGGUAAAGUUGAGGAAUUAUAUGCGAGUUUAAAUAAAAAAAAUGCUGAAAUUUAUGUUCAAAGAUGGCGUCAAAUGCAACGAGCAGGACCAUCGAGAACUCGACUAUUUGCAUGGACAAUGCAAGAUUUAGAAAUAAUUGCUCUGGCAGAUCCGACAAUUGAUGGAAUUGAGAAAGCAACUAGAGCAAUUGUUGAAUUGGAUUCAGAAUCACCGUGGCCGGAAGAAGGAAUUGAAUUUAAUAUUCUUUGGGUACGAGGAAUUUCUUUAAAAUGUGUAGAAUGGAAGUUACAACUUCGUGAUUUUCCUCAGCCUCUUCUUCUCGUUGAGGGCUUAAGUAUAUGGGGUAGACUUGGUGGCGCGGAAGCACUGGCACCAUCUCGAGCACGACGGACUAUUAGAAUAAGUAUUGGUGAACCAUGGGAUGAUAUUGUCGUUGAACGAGGAAUGACUUCUCUUAAAUAUUAUCAUGAUCUUAAUUGGGACAUUGAUAAAUUUAGAUAUGCAUUUGGUCCCUGUUGGGAGCCUGUUAUUGCCCAAUGUAAUCUAAGUUUUGAAAAAAUACUUCAUCCAUCUCGAGAUCCCAGUCCACCUCUUCCUUUUUGGGAUAAAAUACGUUUAAUACUUCAUGGUCGAAUAACUUUAUGUGUUAAACAACUCACAGUUCUGCUUCAUGCAUCACUGGAUCCUUACAAUACAACAGAAGAAAUGGAAUUGACUUGGUCGGGUCUUGAACUUGAUUGGACAUUAGGAAAAAUUAUUGUAAAAGGCGACUUGGAUGUUUAUGUUAGAACAGCAAGCAAAUAUGAUGAUUGUCGACUACUUCAUUUACCUAAUGUUAAGUUAGGUAUAAAAUUAGCUUGGGUAUGCCUUGGUGACUCUCGAGAUCAUUAUGCAGCAAUUCCUUGUGCUCCUGAUAGACUUCCAGAGUACUCUAGUAAUCAAGAACAUGAUUCAUUUCGGGCUUUUCGUUCACAAAAUUUGAAUGUAAGUCUUGCUCUAGAAACAAAACUACCGGGUUCUCCUACGUCUACCAGUGCACCGACUGCAGUAUUAUAUGGAAGCACUUUGCGAUGGUUUGAAAAUUUAAAAUUCAUUUUAUCUGGAGCGACAAGACCAACACGUAAAGGUCGUUUAUUUAAAAAUAUACGACCGCGAAAAAAACAACUCAGUCGACACUACAGAAAAGUCAGACUUACUCUUGCUUUUCAUCGGUUUCAUGUAAGUUACUGGAUGUCUUUUGCUAUGCAGAGAGGCUUUGAAGUUACUGGCGGAAGAGUAGCAUGUUCUUCUGAACACAAUUUAACUCUUUAUCCUAUUAACGAUGGAUUAAUUCAUCGUUUGAGAGCCGAAUGGUCUGUUAUUUAUAUGAAUUGUGAAUUAAAUGAUGCAGAAAUUUGGUUAAAAAGUGCUCUUCAAGCAGAAGAAGGAUUAACAUCACUACGGCAGCCAGUUGAAAAAUGUUAUUGCCUCAGUGUCUCUCGUGUAAGUUAUGGCAGAGAAGCUCUAGUUGCUGAAAUAAGUGGAGAUACUCCAACUCACAGACUGGUAGUCCAUGAUCUAAAAGGUGCUUGGACAAAAACAAAUCGUGAUGUCGCUUUUGCACUUUUUGAUUCUUUUAUAAAAACUCAACAGCUGAAAAAAAAUCUUUCAACUGCAGCUUUGAAAGGUUUUCAUCGAGAAUCAAAUGCUUUGCUUCAAAAAAAUCCAACGAGAACCACCGAAAAUCAAAAUACACCAACUCAAGUUACAUCUUCGGCAACAACAUCAACAACUGCAACGAAAAGUCAUCAACCUGAAGCUGCUGGUAUGCUUCAACGACUUGUUGCUGAAGCAACUAAUAAACCAAUAGCUUUUAGUGAUGAUUUAUCGUCACAAACAAGAGGACAACAGUUACGAGGAUUGGCAGCAUGUAAUCAAGAUGAUGUACUCCAUAAAAACUGGUUGAUUGCUUUAGUUAAUAGCCAAGUACUUCUUAAAGGUAUUGAAACACGUGGUUAUGUAAUUUUAUCAGCUGCUAAAGCAGAAAUACUACAGCGAGUUCAUCGACCUGUCUGGCGUGAACGCACAUUAGUCUCAAAAACAACUUGGGUUGGUUCUCUGGAAUGUAUGCAGUACUAUGCGACAGUGAGCGCAAAUAUUGAUGAUAAUAUCGAUGAUAAUAUAAUGUGGUUGACUGUUGACAAUAUUCAAGAAAAAGAUUCGACAGUAAUUUCUGGUUUUCCAGAUGUUCCAGCUCUUGUAGGAUCAGGUCAAAGUGUCGGUGGUGUUGUAAGUCAAACAGUUGGCGGGGGUGGUGGUUUACAGCAUCAACUGCAAAGAAUUGUUUCAAGAUGUAAAUGUGAAUUUUUUUAUGUUGGUUAUAGUCAAGCAUUAGAUUCAGCUGAGCUAAAAGUAGUUCCACCACCACCACGAGAAGAAAUCACACCGUGGGAACGUAAAGAAUUUUCUGCUGCUGAUGCAUUUACUUUGAUGCAUUAUGAUUUAGAUGUUUGCACGAAUUCUCUGCAAUACGCGAUGAUUUUAGAUGUUGUAAAUAAUCUUCUUUUAUAUGUAGAACCGAGGAGAAAAGAAGCAAUGGAACGACUUCAAAUUAUGCGAUUUCAACUUCAAUUACACUCAGUUGAAGAUCAAAAACGACCGAUACAACAAUUGCAGAAUACAGUUCGUGGUUUAGUGGCGAAAUUGCGAAGACUUGAGAAAGAAACGUAUUUGGUUCAAAAAGCUCUGGCAGAAGAGUCAAAUACAAGUCUUUUAAGUGAAAUGGAACGACUUGAAGUAAGAGUUUUUGAAUGCAAAGAACAACUUGGAGCAAAAGCUGAAGAACUUGAUGUCAUGCUUAGUUGUUAUAAAGAAACUACAGCGCCGACGGUAGUUUCUACUACACUGAAAGAUAAACCUGCAGCAGUAGCUAGAUCAGCUGAAAUUUGUUUUAAACAUGCUCAAUGGAGGCUAACUGAUGCUGACGGACAACUUGGUAUUGCUGACCUUGUGCUCACAAAUUUUUUGUAUACUAAAACAAGUAAAACAGAUGAUUCUGUUGAACACCUUUUAGAACUUGGAUAUGUUAGAAUGACAAAUCUUCUGCCAAAUCAGAUUUAUACUGAAGUUUUAACACCAACAGAACUUCAAAGUAAUAUGCCAGUAGAAAGACAGCGAACUUUAAGAGUUUUUUGUAGAGAAAAAGCACCAGUUGCUGGAAUUUCUGUUAAAGAACAUUUUGAAAUAAAUGUUGCACCUUUAACCAUAGGCCUUACUAAAAAAUUUUUUAAUACUAUGCUAAAAUUCUGUUUUCCUGAGAGAGAUCCCGAUGCUAUUGAAGAACCUCAAGCACCUCAAAGAGAUUCAUCUUUUUAUGUUCCAAUGGAACGACGAGAUGAUGUUGAAAAAAUGAAAGAAAGAGCUGAUAAAAAUAAAUUAUUUAUUUAUAUUAAAAUACCUGAAGUACCAGUAAGAGUAUCUUACAAAGGUAAUAAAGAGAAAAAUUUAGAGGAUGUUAGAGAUUUUGGUUUAGUGAUUCCAACUCUAGAAUAUCACAAUGUCACUUGGACUUGGCUUGAUCUUCUUUUGGCGAUGAAAAACGAUUCAAGACGAGUAAUUUUGAGUCAAGCUAUUAAACAAAAAUUACAAAUAAAACCUAAAGGACCGCAAGAAGAGACGAUGCCACAAGAGGAGGAUAAAGCAAGACUUUUACUUGGUGCUAGACAUCUUCCAGGAGAUGCUAAGAAAAAAAGUGUGUUUAAAUUCAAAUAGUUAUUUUUUCUUUAAUAAUUAUAAUUUAAAAAUACAAUUUAUUUAACUAUAAAAGCAAUUCAAUAUUUAAUGUAAUUAAUUUAUUAUUAAAUAAUAUAUAAUAAAUAAGUA